ACAAAAUAGAAAGAAAUGUAAGCCCUUGAGCCAGCUCUCUACAGCAAACCAAACCCAACGACUUCUCUUCUUGGGUUCCCAUUCAACCCACCCCCAAAAUCUUUCCUCCAAUUCCCUUGUUCUCCCUCUCUCAUGGAACCUUUCUUCUUCUUCUCCAUCUUCUCAAUUUCAUCUCUUCUUCUUCCUCUUUAGCAUUUUCCCCCCUUCAUACUCUCCUCUCUCAUCUUCCGGUCAACGGGGUUCUCUUACGUUUUUGGGUAGCUUCCUCGAAGUUUCCCACAGAAUCAAUCGGUCAAUGAGGUUGGAGCUUUGAUUCGAGGAUUCUGUUGGGGCUUUUCGUUCAUCUCCUUCCAAAUCCCCCUCACCCAUCCCUCUCUCGUUAUGUCAAAUUUUUUCCACUCUUCAAUUUAGUGCUCUGGGUUUUGUUUUGCGUUAUGUCGGUGAUGCUGGGCUCUUCUUCCUCUUCUUUGUGGUUCAUUUUCUUUCUGGGUUUUGUUUCCUUGCUCUCUGCUAAUCCUGAAGGUGAUGCUUUGAAUGCAUUGAAGUCAAAUUUACAAGAUCCCAACGGUGUAUUACAGAGUUGGGAUCCGACUCUUGUUAAUCCUUGCACAUGGUUCCAUGUCACCUGUGACAGUGAGAAUAGUGUCACUCGAGUUGACCUUGGAAAUGCCAAUCUAUCUGGCACGUUGGUUCCACAACUUGGCGAUCUUCAUAAUUUGCAAUAUUUGGAGCUUUACAGUAACAAUAUUACUGGAGAAAUUCCGCCUGAGAUUGGGCUUUUGACAAACCUGGUGAGCUUGGAUCUUUACUUGAACAAUUUAACUGGUCCCAUACCAUUCACACUUGGAGAGCUUCAAAAACUGCGUUUCCUGCGUCUUAACAACAACAGCUUAUCGGGAACAAUUCCAGUGUCAUUAACUAAUGUUAAAUCCUUGCAAGUCCUGGAUCUUUCAUACAACCAGCUAACUGGAGAUAUCCCGGUCAAUGGUUCUUUUUCUCUGUUUACCCCUAUCAGUUUUGCUCAUAAUAAGCUUAAUGAAUCUGCUGUGCGUACUCCACCACCUCCUCUACCUUCUUCACCAAGCCCCAUAUCAGGCAAUAGUGCCACUGGAGCUAUUGCUGGUGGAGUUGCUGCUGCUGCUGCUUUACUCUUUGCUGCUCCUGCUGUUGCUGUUGCUUUGUGGCGUCGGAAGAAACCACAAGAUCAUUUCUUUGAUGUACCUGCCGAAGAGGAUCCGGAAGUUCAUCUUGGUCAGCUUAAGAGGUUCUCUCUUCGUGAACUACAAGUUGCAACAGAUCAUUUUAGCAACAAACAUAUUCUGGGUAGAGGUGGUUUUGGCAAGGUCUAUAAGGGACGGUUGGCUGAUGGGUCUCUAGUGGCAGUAAAAAGACUCAAAGAGGAGCGUUCACAGGGUGGGGAGCUGCAAUUCCAAACAGAAGUGGAGAUGAUAAGCAUGGCUGUGCAUCGUAAUCUGCUCCGUCUUCGUGGCUUUUGUAUGACACCAACUGAGCGGUUGUUGGUCUAUCCAUUUAUGGUUAACGGAAGUGUAGCAUCAUGUUUGAGAGAACGUCCAGACACACAACCUCCACUUAAUUGGUUGAAUCGGAAACGUAUUGCUUUGGGAGCGGCAAGGGGGCUUGCUUAUCUACAUGAUCAUUGUGAUCCUAAGAUUAUUCAUCGUGAUGUGAAAGCUGCAAACAUUUUACUUGACGAGGAGUAUGAAGCUGUUGUUGGUGAUUUUGGGUUGGCUAAACUCAUGGACUACAAAGAUACUCAUGUCACAACUGCAGUACGGGGAACUAUUGGGCAUAUAGCUCCUGAAUACCUUUCAACUGGAAAAUCUUCUGAAAAGACUGAUGUUUUUGGGUAUGGGGUAAUGCUUCUUGAACUCAUAACUGGACAGAGGGCCUUUGAUCUUGCCCGGCUUGCAAAUGAUGAUGAUGUCAUGCUUCUUGAUUGGGUGAAAGGACUUCUAAAAGACAAGAGGUUGGAAACACUAGUUGAUCCUGAUCUUGCGGGGAAAUAUCCAGACGAUGAAGUUGAGCAGCUUAUACAAGUUGCCUUGUUGUGCACACAAGGCACUCCUACAGAACGGCCUAAGAUGUCAGAGGUUGUACGGAUGCUUGAGGGUGAUGGUUUAGCUGAAAGAUGGGAAGAAUGGCAGAAAGAGGAGCGGUUUCACCAAGACCUAAGCCGCAAUCCCCACCCAAGUACGACUUGGAUUCUCGACUCUACUGCUGAAAUUCCUCCCGAUGAAUUGUCCGGUCCAAGAUGAUCUCUGGAAGUCCCCUCAUGUAAGUUAAAAGAGUGAUAUAUGUGUAUAUCUAUCACAUAUAUAUACGUAUAUCACAUUUGUGCAUAUAGUUUUCAUUUUUUUUGGGAAAAAAAUAAUUUAUCAUAAUUUUUCUGCUCUGUUCAUCUUGUAUCACAUAUCUGAGUUUAAGUAUUUUGUAGUGGGGUUGCUAAUCAAAUUACCAACAAACCAAUAUUGCAUAAUGCAGGAGAUAAUAGCAACACCCCUCCCUCCUCCCUUCUCUUCAGAUAACUCUUUAAUUUUUGGGAAUUCAACUGAUUUUUCAAAUCUGAUCUUAUAAAGUGAUGUUCCAUAAAUCUAUUGGGUUGAAUAAUCAAGCAUCCCUUCCUUCUCUACUAAUAAAUUUAUAUCACAUCACUUUGGUGUUUGAUAAAAAUCAUUGAAUUCCCAUAAUUUGUUUUUAUCAGGAUUAGGUUGUCAUUCAAUAACUGUGUUUGUAUCUUGAUUUCUGGAGAACCCAGAGUACAUAUUGUUAUAAUCAUGAUGAUCAUUGGCCUUUCUUAAA